CCCGAGGAAUCGGCUUGGACACAGGUCGCGCACGACUCCGAGGGACGUGGCACACACAACCACCAGCGACGACGACGAGCGCGCCUCAGUGAUACUCUCCGCUCUCUGGGUGUUGGACUGAACUAUCGCACACGCUCACGCACGCGCGCGCGAGCCCUCCUCUCUCCCUCGAAAAUCCCACCCGGUGCCGCCGCGCUACAGCCGCCGCCGCCGCCGCCGUCGCCGCCGCCGCCGCCGCCGUUGCCGCCGUUGCCGCCGUCGCCGCCGCCGCAGAGGAGGAGAGAGCAACUCUUGCGCUCUCUUGCACACGACGAUAGACGAACCGCGCCAGUGAACUGCUCGCUGCCGCCGCCGACGCCACUGCUGCCGCUGUCUAGUGCUCUGUGUGUAACUGCUGACCGCUCACGCCCAACACUUGGCGACCACCGCAUCCGUUGGAUCUCCACUCGUAGCCUUGAGACGAAAGAUGAUGAAGCUGACGCUCGCAACGUUGUGCCUGCUGCUGGUGUCGGCCAUGGCGAUGCCAGUGGCCGAGGACGACCGCAAGGCCGCGGAGCAGCAACCGGCACCGGCAAGCGUAGUGCCCCUGGAGAAGAGCAGGUCGACGGCGCCGGUGCUGCUGAGCGGCGAGCAGCCGGUGGUGCCGACCGAGGCUCGCGCGAUCGAGCCCGAGAAGAAGAUCGACGACUCGCUGCCCAAGAAACUGGACGAGCCGAAGAAGGAGGAGAUGCCCAAGAAGGCCGAGGAGGAGAAGAAGCUCGAGACGGAGCCGGCCAAGAAGCUCGAGGAGGAGAAGAAGCUCGCGGAGGAGCCGAAGAAGCUGCUCGAGGAGGAGAAGAAACCCGAGGUGGAGGCGGCGCCCACGGAGAAGCUCGCGGAGCAGGCGGCGCCCACGCUCGAGAGGAAGUCCGAGGACGCCAAAAGCGAGCCGGCCAAGGAGAGCCCGGCCGCGCCAGCCGAGGCGCCCAAGUCGGCGUCCACCGCCGAGCUCGUGCCGGAGCCGGCCCAGCCUAAGAGCGUCGAGGAGCCGCUGACGAUCGAGAAGAAGUCCUUCGAGCCGGCCAAGGAGGCGGCCAAGGAGGCGGCCAAGGAGGCCGCCAAGGAGGCGGCCAAGCCGGACGAGAUGCGCGUGACCCGCGAGGCCGAGGAAGCCGCCGCGAAGAAGCUCGAGGUCGAGAAGACACCUGCCGUCGAGGCCAAGUCCGCUGCCGGGCUGGCCGUCAUGGCGGCCGAGCCCAGCGUCGAGGCCACCACGCCUCUCAAGGAAGAGGACAAGCCCAAGAUCAAGCCGUUCGACGCCGCCGCCGAGGAGCCGAAGAGAGUCGAAGACCUCGAGAAGAAGCCCAUGCCAGUCGAGGCCAAGUCCGUGGAGCCGCUGAAGCCCGCGCAGGAGACCGCCGCGGCGAAAGAACAGCGCUCCGAGGACAGCCCGAUCGCCACCGCUGCCGCCGCCGUCGCCGCCGCUGCUCCCGAGCUCGAGAGCCCGGCCUUGGCGGCCCGCGAGGAGGCGCCCGCGGCGAAGGAGGCGGAGCCCGAGCGCGCCGUGCCCGCGGAGGAGCAGAAGACCAUCGAGAAGUCCGCCAAGGUGGCUGACGAGGCCAAGGCCGAGAAGCUGCCCAAGCCCGAGGAGGUGAAGGACCAGGUCAAGCUCGCGCCCGUCGCUCAGCCCAUUGCCGCCGAGAAGAAGGAGGACGCCAUGCCCGUGGACAAAAAGCUGCUCGAGGAGAAGGACGAGAAGAUAUCCACGACGGACAAGAAGGACAAGGACAGCAGCGAGGAGAAGGACGACAGCAGCGAAGAGAAGAAGCUGAGCGACAAGAAGCCCGAGGAGAAGAAGAAGGACGAUGAAAAGAAGGAGGCAAGCAGCGAGGAGAAGGACAGCAGCGAGGAGGAGAUGAAGAAGGAAUCGGCGCCGAUCACGGCGGAGAACCAAGCAGCAGAGGCCAAGGCGCCGAUAUCUUAAACGCUCCGAAAUCUGAUGUUACGUCGAUUUUAAUACAACACGCCGAGUGUGAGGGAGCGAGAUUGCGAGAGAGAGAGAGAGAGAGAGAGAGAGAGAGAGAGAACCGAGCGCAAAUUAGCGCUAGAGCGAGUGUUUGACGAACGUGUAAACGGUGUAUUGCGCGUGAAUGACACAAACACACACACGUACGCACGCACACACACACACACACACACACACA